AUGAGUUACCCAAACAAUGAUGAUUUCCUUGCUGAUUCGAUUCAUGAUGAAGAGACCAACAGUGGAACACAAGAAAAGAUUGGACCUUUUAUUUUGAAGAAAACUCUCGGAGAAGGAUCAACAGGAAAAGUCAAGUUGGCUAUCCACAAGGAUACAGGUGAUAAAGUUGCGAUCAAAAUUAUCAACAAGAAAAUUCUAACGCACAAACCUCAUUUGAAGAAGAAGGUGGAAAGAGAAAUAGCUGUCAUGAAAAUGAUUCGUCAUAAACAUAUCAUCAGACUGUAUGAUGUGUUACAAACAAAAAAGUAUUUAUUCUUGAUUAUGGAAUAUGUAGAGGGCGGAGAAUUGUUCGAUUACAUUGUAGAGAGAGGAAGACUUACUAUUGAAGAGGCCUUCCAUUUCUUUAAACAGAUUAUUCUUGGAGUUGAAUAUUGUCAUAAACAAUUGAUCUGUCACAGAGACUUGAAACCCGAGAACUUGUUACUAGACAGAUAUAAGAAUAUCAAGAUCGCCGAUUUUGGUAUGGCUUCGCUCAUGGAGGAAGGAAAAUUGUUAGAGACCUCUUGUGGUUCUCCUCAUUAUGCGUCUCCUGAAAUAGUCAGAGGAUUAAAAUAUAACGGAAUGGAAGCUGAUAUUUGGAGUAUGGGUGUUAUCCUCUAUGCUCUUCUCACAGGAAGAUUACCUUUUGAUGAUGAGACUUUGCAUGUCCUUUUAGCUAAAGUUAAGGAAGGAAAAUAUGAAAUUCCUCAAUUUUUAGAUGAGGAUGUUCGUGACUUAAUUUCUAAAAUGUUGAAAUUAAAUCCUUCCGAGAGAAUCACCAUCAAAGGAAUUAAAAACCAUCCUUGGUGGAGAAAAAUGGAAAAGAAGAUGAGUCUUGUAGAACAAACUCUUCAUCACACUUCAUCAAGCGAAGAAAUCUCUCAACAAGAUGCUAUUCAAGAAAAGCUUCUCCAACACAAAUUGGAAAAUUCUGGAGCUUCUUCAUCUGAAGUGACUACAGAAAACAAUGUUCAAGAAACAACUAUUACUCCUGAAAACAUUGAGCCAACAGACCAAGAUGUAGAUUCUACUCCAAAGAAAGAAGAGGAAUACAUGGUUCAAUUGGAUGAAAAUUCUAUUGAUCCUGAAGUUUUUCAGAAAAAUCUCGAAACUGUAUUGUACAACCUUAUUUUACAAUACAAACGUGAGUUGGGAACAGCACAAACAAACGUUUUUAACACUUCAAAAUAUAGUGUUGGACCAUGUAAUCCUCUCACAGUACCUGUAGAUAAGGCAGCAGAACUGAGAAAAAGGCUGCAAGAAGCAAAUGGUGAAGAUAUUGAACAAGAACCUGUUAAUGAGCCGUCUGGAGAAAAGGAACAAACUGGUAUUAAAUGGUUUGCGUUUUGGAGAAAGAAAAAGACCAGCCAGAAAGAUGACUCCUCAAAAAAGAAACAAACUCCAUCACAGUAUGGCCUUCAUAGUAGAAAAACUCAAAGUGAAAUUUUAGCUGAAGUGACUCGUGUUUUUAAAGUUUUGCAUAUUCAAUUUGAGAAAGCUUCAGAAUCAACUGUAAGAUUUGGAUGUACAUUCCCUGUAAUUAAGCAAGGUGAGCAAGGUGACACAGUAAUUGGAGAAAAGCAAGUCAUCAUGGACAUGACAAUGAGCGCAUUGGAAAAUGAUGGAUUUGUUUUGAACUUUACUUUGGUUUCAGGAAAAACCUCUGAUGCUCGUAUUUUGUUUGACGCUUUGCAAGAUGAAGCAGAGCUUUAA